AUGAAUGACGAUGAUAUUUGGAUUCAGAUCUCGGACUCGCAGUUGAAAAUACACCUUCACCCACAGGAAUGGGCUAACCCGGAUGACGAUGAGAAGUUGACGUUCGUAGUUAACUGGGCUAAGCCAUUGCACCCUGUUGACCUUAAUAUCCAGCUUCUUUCAAUUCUGGAAUAUGGAGGGAAUUUGAAGGAGUAUAUUGCCAAGCUCACCCGUGAUGGUGUGCAGAGUCUUUACAACAACUUCCUUGAUGUUCUCCGAUCAAAUAGCCCCGUGGUUUGUCGAGCCCUGCUUCAGAAGCUCAGACCGUCCGGUGAGGACGGAGCUGGCAAAGCACGGCGAAUGGAGCAGUGGGGUGACCAGUAA